ACGUGGGCGUGUUUAGGGAGUGCUGGCAGACAGCUGCGGAGACUUGCUGUGGAGAAGGAGAGAGUUCACAGCUCUUGGUUUAUUCUCUUUAUCUCCCAUUUAUCAACAUGCUGCUCGCUCUCAGGCUUCGUGCAGGAUGUCAAAUAUCAGGGAUGCUCAGCAGGUCUCUGAUGACAGCUGGCACAUUGCAGUCCAAGGGGCCGCUGCCUGAUAUGCAUGAAGGGUCCGUGCCUAUCCAUGUGAAUCAUGUACGUGAUAGACUGAGGGCUAUAGUGGGAGCUUCUACCAACUGGAGUGAUCACCGGCAAGCCAUGGAAGAAAGAAAGUCCCUUCAGUCACUGUUGGCAAACAAACAAGAAGAUCUCCCUGCACGGAAGAUGAAAGACAGUUACAUCGAGGUUGUGUUGCCGCUAGGUAGUCAACCAGAGCUCAGGGAGAAGUAUCUGAAUGUGUACAACAAUGUGAGAUUUGGGAGAAUUCUUGAAGAUUUGGACAGCUUAGGAGUUCUCAUUUGCUACACUCAUACAAAGGAUGAUACUCGGCAGAAGUCUCCGCUGUCAAUAGUCACGGCCUUAGUGGACAAAAUAGAUUUACAGAAGGAGGUUAUCUAUCCUGACUGUGAUAUCAAGUUUACUGGACAUGUUUCCUGGGUUGGGAAAACAUCAAUGGAAGUCAAAAUGCACAUGCUACAGCAACAUAACGGGGUUUACAGCCCAGUACUAGAUGCUACCUUUGUCAUGGUGGCCAGAGAUCCUGAAAAUCGAAGACCGGCCUUUGUUAAUCCUCUAAUCCCUGAAGGACCUGAAGAAGAAAAUCAUCUUAAACAAGGAGAAUCAAACAAAAUGAGACGCGUCGCCUUCAACACUGCGUCAUUGUUGAAAAUGGCCCCGACGGCAGACGAAAGGAACAUCGUACAUGACAUGUUUCUGAACACCUUGGAUACAAGGACUGUAAGUUUCCGUAGUCGUGUCUUGCCUCCGAAUUCAGUGUGGAUGGAAGAUGCCAAACUAAAGGGGUUGGAGAUCUGUCACCCACAGCAACGAAAUAUAUUCAACAGAAUUUUUGGUGGUUUUCUGAUGAGGAAGGCAUAUGAACUGGGUUGGGCAACUGCCUGUUCCUAUGGUGGUUCUAGGCCGUAUGUUGCAGCUGUUGAUGACAUCAUGUUCCAGAGACCUGUGGAAAUUGGAUCCUUAUUGUUCCUCUCCUCUCAAGUGUGUUACACACAAGGUAACUAUAUCCAGGUGAGAGUGCACAGCGAGGUGUCCGAUCCAAUCACCAGAGAGCACCACACAACUAACAUCUUCCAUUUCACCUAUAAAUCGGAAAAAGAAGUGCCUCAAAUUGUACCUCAGACAUACGGAGAGUCCAUGCUUUACUUAGAUGGAAAGCGACACUUUGAUGCUGCCAUCCAAAGCAGAAAUGGCCAGAACCAGAAUUUGUAGUGGACCAGCACCAUCACUACCAUCAUACUCUCAAAUGGAUCUGUUACGCCAUGAAAAAUAUUCAUUGCAAGAUAUUUUUGUACUGGUACAAAAUAUAAUCGCAACGCCUUCCAUAUUCACUGUGCAAUGCUGUGCGCAUAUAUAUAUAA